UACUCCAAAGUAAAGCACCUCUCUCACUAGUAUUCUCCUCGUUCUUCUCUCUUUCUCUAAUUUUUUUUCUCUGCCAUUUCUCUCUCCAACAACAAUGGCAUCACCAUCCUUAUCAAAGACCAUUACUUUGAAGGCCGCUGAUGGUGAACUCUUUAGGGUGGAGACAUCGAUCGCAAAGGAGAUGAAAGCUGUGGAGAUCUUCAUUGAUGAUGAUGAUAAGGCCUUCAUCAUUCCCCUCCCCGAGGUAUCCAGCCAAGAUCUCGUCAAGAUCAUCGAGUACUGCAAGCAGCGUCGCACCGCCGCCAACGCCAAAGAUUUUGAUGCAGAGUUCGCGAAGGCGCUCAACAACAAAGAGUUGUUGUCGCUGAUUGCUGCAGCAAACUACUUGAACAUGGCAGAUCUGCUUGAUCUCUUGAGCCAGUGCAUUGUGGAUCGGGUAUAGAACACCAUCUUCACUAAGGAGGAAGAGGCCAGUCUCCGUGAGGAGAUGCCCUGGGCCUUUGAGCGUGGUGUCGACACCAUAGUGAAUGAGAAUUGAAUGUCGCAGCUACAGAACUAGGGUUUCGGGGAAGUUAAUUAUCUUAUCAAUCUGAAAUUUGUAUGCAAUAGAUGUUGAAUUUGAUUCAAGUUAUGAGAAUUUAGUGUUCAGAUUUUUAAUUUUAUUAAUAAAAGUGGUUUGCUUUUUGAAAUUAAA